UCACUCCUUAAGGGCAUUAGGUACUCUCACCGUGCAAAAUCUAGGGUUUUGAUUUUAUCGAGUUUCAGAGCUCAUCGCCUCCAUACGCAGCGAAGAAUGGGUCACUCAAACAUCUGGAACUCCCACCCCAAAACCUACGGCCCUGGUUCUCGUACCUGCCGGGUAUGUGGUAACUCACAUGGGCUGAUCAGGAAGUAUGGGCUUAUGUGCUGCAGGCAGUGCUUUCACAGCAAUGCAAAGGAGAUUGGUUUCAUCAAGUAUCGUUAAGUUUCACCGAUGAAGGAGAUGAGUUCUUGUUGGCGAUUUUCAAUUAAACGAUGAUUUCAAGAUUUUGUUAGCGUUGUUGAAUGUUGAUUCCAAAUGGGUUUUCAUCUUUUGACUUUUGAGAUACUGUUUAUGGUUUAUGUAUGGCAGACUGAAAGUCUUUUUUCUGUUUUUGGUACUUGAUUAUGAACUUCAAAUCUAAACAUGUUUUGGCAUCUGAUGAUCUCAA